AUGUUGAGGGAAUCGGAGAGGCGGCAAAUCUAUGGGAGUGGGAUGGAUCUGUGUGUGGCUAUUGGUUGUGAUUGGUUAUUGUUGUUUGCUGUUGUUGGUGGUGGAUCUGUGUGCUGCUGGAUGACACUUGGUUGGGAUCCUAAACAAGGGGAAGGUCACCUUGACGCCAUGUUAAGAGGAGAAGUUUUGACUGCAUUGGUUUCAUUUGGACAUGAAACAACGCUAAAUGAAGCAAACAGGCGCUUCCACAUCUUUUUGGAAGACAGAAACACACCUGUUCUUCCUCCUGAUUUGAGAAAAACUGUAUAUGUAGCUAUAAUGCAGAAUGUGAGUAAAUCAAACAGAUCUGGCUACGAUUCUGUUUUAAGAGUUUAUAGAGAAACUGAUCUCAGCCAGGAAAAGACACGAAUUCUAGGUUCUAUAGCAUCCUGCCGGGAUCCUGAAAUUAUUCAUGAAUUUCUCAACUUUUUGUUGUCUAGUGAGGUUCGAAGUCAAGACGUUGUUUUUGGACUCUCUGUUAGUAGGGAUGGACGCGAGACGGCUUGGAAUUGGUUGAAAGAAAAUUGGGACCACAUUAAUAGAACAUAUGGCUCGGGAUUCCUAAUAACUCGCUUCAUCAGUUCAAUUGUGUCGCAGUUUUCUUCCUAUGAGAAGGCCGAAGAAGUAGAACAAUAUUUUGCUAGCCGCAUGGAGUCUUAUAUAGCCAGGACCUUGAAGCAGAGCAUCGAGAGGGUUCACAUCAAUGCUAAGUGGGUGCAGAGCAUUCAGAAGGAGAAACAUCUUGCUGAUGCUGUGAAGGAGCUAGCAUACAGGAAAUACUAG